AUGUCCGCGCCGGGGCAGGACGCGGCGCCGCAGGUGUCGCGGCUGCUCGCGAAGGCGCCGCUGUACUUCACCAUGCUGCGCGAGCAGCUGUUCCUCAGGGAGGAGCACCAGCUGGACUGGCGGCUAUCGGACGCGCUCUCGAGGUGCGAUUCGAUGCGUGAUCCUUCGCUGAGCGGCCUUCUGAAUGCAGAUAGCGAGGAGGAGGAGGAGCCGGCGGCCGCCGGGCCGGGGGACAAGCGGGAGCCGCCGAUGUUGUGGCGCGACCUCGACUGGAAGCCCUUCAGCGGCUUUUACUACCCGAUACGGCCGGGCGACUACUCUCCGUUGAGCCCGGACGGGGAGAUGCUGGAGCGCAGCGGGAAGAUCGGCGUCGACUUCUGGCGGUGGCACCGCGAACGCGCGCCGCUCGGAUACACGCCGCCGCUGUGCACGUGCAAGCGUACCGCGGACACCGUGGCGAUGCUCAGGCGCUGCGUGAUGCGGCAGAAGGAUGGGCGGGAGCGCCGCGUCUGCGACAACGACGUCUGCAGAGGGCUGCUGUACAUACCGCACAGCCUGUUGGAGAUUCCGCUGAACCGCGUCAUAAGCAACGGGAGCGAGUUCGUGCGUCACGUGGCAGUCCCCAACGACACGGAUGUCUACUGCGGCAACAUGAAGCACACGCUGGUGAUUUGCACGACCUCGGCAGAACACGAGGCCGAGUGCCUGGAGGCGAUUCGCCAGAGCGACGUCCCCGACUCGCUCGUUUACCACGUGAAUGCGAACGGGUUCAUUCCUUACUUCAAGCACCACGUGUUCAUCGGCUCCGUGGCGCCCUUGAUGACCGUGGAGCCCAUCGACUCCGACGUGUCUGACUCCGAGGAGAACCGCGGCUUCGGCGAGACCUUCGCCAUCAAGUUCGGGAAGCACGGGAUGGUGAUCCACAAGUACGACUCGGCCAGCCACGCGGUGUCCCCCAUCGACGACGCCAUGUUGCGCGCGUGGGUGGGCAAGGACACGGAUUUGGCCGAGGUGCCGCCGCAGGAGCCCGUCACUGCGCUGAGCGACUACGUGAUAUGUGAGCUCAUGGAGUGCUUCUCGCACGACCGUCGCCCUCUGGCGUUUGUGCUUCGCAGCUGCAAGGGGGUCGUGCGCCGCCUGGAUUUCUACAAGGAGGAGGCGCGCCCCGACACGCUGCCAGCUGAUGCGUAUCGGCUGGACCCCUACGGAGCGCGCAACAAGAAGCAUAAAAUAAGCGCCUCCGACGGGCGCAAACCACUAUGGAGUACCGCCCUGGAGCGUGCGCAUUUGCUGAAAAUCAUAGAUACAAUCGAGCUGAUUAAAUCGUAA